GAGAUGCCAUAAAAUCGACUCACUUUCAGUUGCGCGCACAGUGGUCAGAACUGAUCUGAAGCUAGUUGUUCGGUGAAGUAGGCGACUUGAUUUCUGCUAUGACUAACUUUGAUCACAAGCAAUAAAUAGCCUACUACUCGUGGUCGCUGACAGUCUAUGGAAUAUGUACGUAUACAACGCGGUAUGAGUGAAGCGAAGUAGGCUACUAGACUACAAGAACAAGCAUUCAUGGCUGCCGAUGAGUCAACAGUGAUUGUAACUUUUACUGAAGUCCAAAGUCGCUUCUAGGCUACAAAUGGGUUCCAUGUUUGAUCUGAGCGUUGCUGUAAGACUCUAUUUGCUGUCUUGUUUCGUUGUAUCUGUGGACUUCACUUUAGGCUUGGGACAAAGCCAAGAUACUGAAUUCACGUUUCAACUCCCUGCGGGUAGAACAGAAUGUUUCUACCAAACAGCUACGAAGAACGGAAGCCUGGAAGUAGAAUACCAGGUGAUUGCAGGUGCAGGCCUGGAUGUGGGCUUCACCCUGAUCUCCCCCAGCGGAUACAAGCUGGCCUCUGAGUUCAGGACAUCUGACGGCAUCCACACGGUGGAGCCUACAGAGGAUGGAGACUACCGGCUGUGUUUUGACAACAGCUUCAGUAAGCUUUCUGAGAAGAUGGUGUUCUUUGAGGUGAUUGUGGAGGGCCAGCCUGGGGACACCUGGGGCGAUGAAGAGUGGGCUGACAUGGCCGAGCCAGAGAGUAUGGUGGAGUACAAACUGGAAGACAUCAGGGAGACCAUGGACUCAGUGCACAGGCACCUGGAGCGGAGCCGGCAGCUUCAGACCAUGCUGAGGGCCUUCGAGGCCCGGGACCGCUAUCUACUGGAGGACAAUCUGUGGAGGGUCUCGUUCUGGUCCUCCAUGAGCCUCCUGGUCAUCCUGACUGUGGCCGUCACACAGGUCUACACCCUCCGACGCCUCUUCGACGACAAGAGGGUCUGCAAACCCUAGUGU